ACACACACACACACAAACAUACACAUUAUAAUUACAAAUAAUAAGUGGCUAGACAUAGAUGCUGUUACAACCAUUUAGUAGUAUGACAGUGUGUGCUCUAACACAAUGUUUCAUACGAAAGAAAUAUAAAUUAGUAAUUUUUUUUCAAUUUUUUUUUUGGGAAAUUUAUUUAUUUAUUUUUCAAAAAAAUAGUGUUUAAUUUUAUAUACACUUAUAUAGUGGGUAAUUUCUAAAGUAAGGAAUGGAGAAUCACCAAGAACUAGAAUGGGCUGAAGCACAAAGGACUGCAAUAAGCGAAGACCUUGUCACGGCAGCCAAGCAGCAGCUACAGUUUCUUGCAGCCAUUGAUAGGAACCGCCACCUCUAUGAUGGCCCUGCAUUGGACCGUGCCAUAUAUAGGUACAAAUUCUUUUGGCUUCCCUUACUAGCCAAGCAUUCUGAGUCUCAGUUUUCGGAAGGCCCUUUAGUUGUGCCUCUUGAUUGUGAAUGGAUCUGGCAUUGUCACAGGCUCAAUCCGGUACGCUACUUGACCGAUUGCAAAGAACUAUAUGGAAGGAUCAUGGACAAUCGGAAUGUUGUAUCCUCUGUUCAUGGGACUUCCAAGAGGCAAACUGAAGAAAUCUGGAACAUGAUGUAUCCGAAUGAACCAUAUGAGCUCGAUUUGAGUGGCAACAUGGAAACUGUUGCUGAAAAUAAAGUGGGAGCUUCAAAAAGCACCAAGUAUGAUCUAGUUUCAGCUGUCAAAAGGCAAACUCCUUUCUACUUCCAGGUUUCCAGACCAUGGAUGAAGGAUGAUUGGUUUCUUGAAGGAGCUUUGGCACGAUACAAGGGGUUUCUACAUUUGAUCAAAAGAAACGGAGAGAGGAACAUUAACUGCUUCCUUGUGCCAACUUAUGAUAUUGACCUUAUUUGGCACUCUCACCAAUUGCAUCCUGUUUCUUACUGUAAAGAUCAAGUGGCAAUACUCGGCAAGGUGCUACAGCAUAACGACACAGAUUCUGAUAGGACUAAAGGUAAGAAGCUCGAUGUUGGAUCCAGUGAAACCGCCAAGCAGUGGGAUGAGGCAUUUGGUUCGAGAUACUGGAGGGCAGGGGCGAUGUAUAGAGGCAGUGCUCCAUCUCCUCUCACCAUCAACUUGUGCGCAUUAAGCAAUGUGGGCAAGAAGCUGGUUCAGUCCAUUAAGUACCAAGAUAUGAUUCAAUUACCCAAGAAAAUGCUUGUGGAGGUUAUGCUGGAGAUUAUCGGUGUCAGAAACUUGCCGGCUGGGCAUACAGGAAGCCUCAUCCUCUACUUCAAUAAGAAACAGCCUGAUCUGCUCUUUAACACCAGGAGAAGGUUAAACAUUUCAUGUGAAUCAGGGAAGAAACAGGUUGCGGCUUUCCAAUGCGAACCAAGUGGAGAACUGCUUAUUGAACUCGUGUCCUAUUCAGGGUUACAAAAAAUGUUGGGGACUACCUUGAUCUCCCUACAGGACCCCAAUUCGGUUUCCAAACUAUCGGUGGAAAAUUGGUUCGAGUUGGUUCCAGAUUCUGGAAUUGUGGGUUCUAAGCCGAUUAGUCUGCAGAUUGCUCUCUCUUUUACUACUCCAUUUCCGGCACCAUAUGAUCUGCACAUGGCUUUGGCACAUCGAUUCUCGAUAAGUUCUUUCUCACCACUAAGUACUGAAAAGCUUCAACAUGCUAAGAGUUGGACAUGUAUUGUAAAUGAGGCUGGUAAUGAGAUCAUCAACAUCCAGAUGAGGGACCCGAAAAGAUCGGAGGGGGCAAAAAAUCGCAUUUCCAAGAAAGAAGUAAUCGGCAUGACAGGAUCUGGUGAAACGCGUGUUCUUGCAGAGUUUGUAGGAGAAGGAUGGUUGCUGAUGGGCUCUCAAUGGUUUUUUCAACUUCAGAAGAAAGUUAGUGAGGAAGAUUAUAUGUUUGGGCUCAUAGGCAAUCGAAAGAUGGUCAUUUUUCGUGGAAGGAAACUAGACUAUGAACUCAACUACUGUAGGAAGGAGAAAAAUGAAAGGGACUUCAUGACCAUAGUUGAAUUUUCUGAAGAAAAUCCUUAUGGAAAAGCAGUGGCUUUGCUCAACUUGGAAACCGGUUUUCUCAAGGUUGAGGAACAAUGGCUUGUAUUGCCUGGAAUCACAGUGGCUUUUAUACUUUCUGACAUCUUAAAGAAAGAGGGCUAUGAUUGUUUCACUUCCAAAAUAGAGAAUUCAAGAGAAACAGAUGGUACUUUUGACAAGGAUGUUGAAGUGAUGCUAAAAGGUGGUUGUGGCCAUGAAAAUAUGGCGAAGUGCUUUAGUGGAUGGAAUAAAACUGGUAGUUGCGGUGGCUGUGGAGUUAGCUGUGGUGGUGGAGGAAGUUGUGGAGGAGGAAGUUGUAGGAGUGAUGCUGAUGGCAAUGAUAAAAUGAUGAAGAGCAAUAACUCUAGUGGCUGUGCUGCUGGCUGCGGCGCCACUUGUGUUGAGGAUUAA